AUGCCUGCUCUUCUGGAAGACCCCUCAACCCGCAAUCCCCCACCAAAUGCCCACAUCGCAGCAGCGCCCACUCUGGAAGCGCGGCACAUAACUCUCCCAAAAGAUAAAAAUGCCAAAAUGACUCUAUACCCGAUAACCGAAGGACCUAAAUCCCUUCCACAGGAUCUAAUCCGUUACCUGCACGAAGAGUUCAGCGCGGAGAUUAUCCGUGGUGGUACUUAUCCCAUGGAAGAGCCUCUGCCACUGGAGCAGUUUGCUGAAUACUGGUUUGGGACCUUUGCCGUCCUCGCCAUUCUAGACGAUGUGAAUGGCGGCGAGGGACUUCAAGAGGGAAGAGAUUGGAAGACUGUCUGUCAAGGCACAUUUUAUAUCAAGCCUAAUUAUCCUGGUCGCUGCUCGCACAUUUGCAAUGCUGGAUUUAUUACUACCUCCGCAGCUCGGGGUAAAGGCGUUGGAUACGCUAUGGGAGAGGCCUAUCUUGAUUUUGCACCCAGACUGGGCUACACGUAUUCCGUCUUCAACCUGGUCUUCGCAAACAACCCAGCUUCAAUCCGCAUCUGGGAAAAGCUCGGGUUUAAUGUGAUUGGUCGCGUGCCCAAGGCUGCACGACUUGCGAAUAGCGAGGAGUUGGUUGAUGCUUUGAUCUUCGGACGGGAGUUGGGGAACUAG